CUCCGACUUGGACUCGACUUGCCCUUCUCUGUCUUUACUUGGGACUUCACUUGGACUUGACUGCUAAGACUUGGGACUGACUUGUGACUUGCCAAACAGAGACUUUGUCCCACCUCUGCUUAUUAACAAAGGUUAUCCCCAGUUCACCCUUCCCAGAGUGCCCGGAUUUUGGCCACUCCAUUGUGGAAAUACAGCUGUGUGCAAAGCAGGAGAAGUGGAAGCGGAUGGGGCAGGUUUUCCAGCACAUCUGUCUGUCGUCCAAGCAUCCCAACCAAUUGGUGCAAAUCAGCAGUCGCAUAACCAUUGCGCUUCUGUCCGGGAGCAAGGACAAGCUGCCGCUGCCCUUCGCUGCCUUCGCUGAGACGGUCUUUCAGGGGGAAGAUAAGGAGAGCCUGUCCUGGUGUUUUUUGGGCCGAAUUGGGGUCUCGCUCAUGUUAAGAUACCACAAAACGCAAAAAUGGUCCAAGGGUCGGGAGGUGGUGGAGGUGCUGACCGCAUUGAAAGUGAACUACUCCAGGAUUAAGGGUUUGUUCGGGAACGAGAAUAAAGCAUCGCGCUGCCACAUGAUUACCGUGGCAACUGAGCUGCUCCUCCUGAGUGGCAGGGUGGAGGGAGCGCUGAACGCAUUGCGAGAGGACAACUGGUUCCUGAGGUCGUCCUUCUGGCCGUGUGAAACUGCCGAUCUGGAUAGUAGGACUCGUGCGUUGAUUCGUCUGACCGAGCAAACCUCUCGCAGAGACACGCUGGAGGUCCUCUGUAAUCUGCCUGGAUUCAGAGAGCUGAACGACUUGUCCAAUGUCCCCAGGUAUGGUACUCUGUUUAACACUCACCUGCUCGUGUGUGUGAACAGACAGAUCCUCUCUGUAGCUUCAGACACCGUGGACUUCAUGCUCUGUAAGAAACUGUCCGUCGAUCCUCUUCUGCUUAAGAUACUUUUGAACAAACUGGGAAAGCCAAACCUCUGGCACAGAGCGAGGACACUCUUCAGAAACUCGCUGAAUUGUGGCUACUACCCGGAAGUGUUCACUAGUUUCAUGGCCCUGACGGUGCCAUGCUCUCUGGGGGAGGUGGAGCUGACUCUCGCCUUGGAGAUGUUAGUCAUGGUCAGCUCUAUGGACAUCCUCCACCUUUCAGAGACCUCCACUUCCUGUCUUAGUAUCAUCCUGAGAAGGAAUCAGAGCUCUGAGAUCGAGUACCUCUCCGCAGGAAGCCGCCUCCUCUCUGCAGCUUGCAUCCCGCAACCCAAACUGGCUGUUCGCUACACAGCCGUUGACUCCUCUCGGGAUCAAGUUUUCUCCCUCAACGUUUCCUCCGCUCGGUGCUGGCUCCACCAAAAUCGCCUGUGGGCCAACGAGUGCGAAUUCCUGUACGCAGAGAGCCAGAGAUCCAGCCCGGCCGAAGUAGAGCUGCAAGCGGCCCUCUUCACAACCCGGACCGAUGCAUUCACCCCCAGAGGCUGGCGAAACACCUCUGAUGUGCGGGCUUUACCGUAG